CAUCAUAAGCAUCGGCCAGUGGCGGGCCAAAAUUGUCCUGUACGCGAUUAAAAGAGAAGAUUUUUAGAAGUACUGUUGUAGUGGCUAAAUGCUAUAUGCCGUAACUGCCUGACUGUUGUAGGAACGCAUGCUAAAAGACUGUAUCGUGUGCUUGUCUGUGCGCGAGAAAAUGUCGAGUACAUGUUUCAGUGUGGAAACUUACUGAUUCAUUUGUUCCACAGAGCGGAACAUUUUUAUCUCAUGAGGCGAAAAUUAAACUGCCAGGCUUCCAGCUAGUGCUAUAAUUUGCUUGUGACUUGUGUAUUCAUUAAAAUGCUUCCUGAUUGCACCGAAAGCAGUCGAGCACUUUGUUUACGCAUGGGCAGCGUUAUUAUGGGUGCGGUGUUGGCUUAUAUUGUGUUUGGCUCGCAUUUAAUUCUUAGGUGAAAGCGCAAUCCUGUCAUGGCUUCAGGAGGUAGGCUUGAUCCGGCAGGAGAAACGUUGUGGCAUUUGCGGAGGACCGACACGACUUAGGAUGAGAGGCGGUGUUCCUUCGUUUUGGGUAUGUAGGAACAACGGGCAUUAUUGGUCCGAACGGUUGACAACUGGCACUAUAUUUAGUGGCGCCCAGUUGGCGCUGGACCGGGCCCUGACUAUCAUGUAUUUUUUCGCACGCAACGUGACGAGAAUCCAUGUGUUGGCGUCUGAAUCAUCUAGAGACAGUGUUCGGACACCUGGCCGUACUGUCUCUAGGUGGCUCAGACGACUGCGUAGGGGCGUUUUUCUCGCCAUGCAAAGGAGGUUGGCUGCAGAGGGGAAAAUUGGCGGACCGGGCAAAAUUGUAGAAAUUGAUGAGACGCUGGUUGGCCGGAGGAAAUAUAAUGUUGGCCGUGUCACAAAAGGUCGCUGGGUGCUCGGGAUGGUUGAACGUGAAAUUGGGCCUGGAGGCAAACCACGUGGUGGAAGGCUCCGUCUUGUGGUUUGCCCUAGGAACAAGCGUGACCGUGCCACCCUUAUCCCGAUCAUCCAGCGGCAUGUGCAACGCGGCACAACCAUUAUAACUGAUGGCUGGGCAGCGUAUGCCAGGCUCCCAUCUCUGGGUGAAAUCCCUCAGCUGUGGAGGGCCAGAGGUAGGCAGCCCUACUAUGUGCAUCAUGUUGUGAAUCAUAGGCACAACUUCGUUACGCCUAACAACAGACAGGUGCACACACAGACGAUCGAGUCCACGUGGCGUGGUCUCAAGCGUGCCCUCCAUACUGGUGGUGUUCGCCGAGACUACCUUAAUGGUUAUCUUGCUGAGCAGCUCUGGCGCAGGGAUCUACGCAGAAGCCAACGAGAUCCCUUUGAGGACCUGCUGGAGUUGCUUAGUGAAGCGGGUGGAGCAGUCUUCGACAAGCCGAAAGUACGUGGCCGAGGACGUCUUCCUGCUUCACGAGCUGCUAGACCUCCACGUGCAGGUGCUGUUGCGGCGGCCGGACCACCUCCCUCGACACCACGACAGGGAACAGCAGUGCCACUGACACGACAGGUGCUGCCACAACAAGGACAACUUGGAACACCCCGCGUCCCACCUCGGGCCCUGCCAGGACGCAUCUCAGGGGCCAGAGUUCCAGCACAGCCCUCUGCAGUGCGAGCUCACACAGCUCAACAAACAGGUACUGCCACUGCUGCUGUACCACCUCCCCCCACACCACAGCAGGGAACAGCACGGCCUGCAGCACCAGCAGCGUCAACUGGACAGGAUCAACCUGGAACACCCCCCAUCCCACGCCAGGGGACGCUGCCUGGUGUAGGACCCAUCCCAAGGGUGCGUGCUGCUCGCACAGCUCGUGCAGAAGCCAGGGCCCGAGCACCUCUGACUCGCUCGUCUGCACAGGUUGAGCAGAGGCAACAGGUGUUGUCACCUACCUCCGCUCCUUUGGCAACAAGAACAACAGAUUUUGCACAGAACUGCAGCACAGCGGCAAAAAAGGUCGGAAGCACUCACAUAGUGCCAUGGCGAGAGUUUGUACCGGGUGUAACGCUCGACGUUCCGGGCCUUCAUAAAAAGAGGGAAUGUAGCCCCCUGGUCGCUAGAACGGCGGCUGAGAACCUCAUAACUGACGUCUACCACUCACAUACCCUGGUAUUCACUGAUGGCUCUAUUGACGAUCGUACCAAAAGUGCCACGUGUGCCUUCCACAUCCCGUCAGUGAACGUGUCCUGGCAAGGGAGAUCAUCGCGUUACCCGAUAUCCUCCACGACUGCUGAGCUCCUGGCUCUCCUGCAUGCAGCUGCUGCGGUCCAGGUACGAGGGUUUGCCAGAGCAGUCCUACUCACAGACUCGAGAAGCGCCCUAUGGGACGUGAUGAACCCCAUGUGUGACAACAUCUUAGCGCGAAGCAUCAGAAGAUCGUGCGCCCAACAUAAACAAGCUGGAGGCGAUAUCGCCUUCCAAUGGAUACCGUCCCAGGCAAAAAUUUGA